AUGAACUCACGUAAAGCUUCGAUAUCUCACGUUAUGAACGAUAGUUCUGCUGCUACUUCUUCCUCGGACCAUCACCUCUCUUCAAAUUCUGGUCAUAGUCUGAGGAACUUACUCUCUGAUGACGGCCCUACCCAACAACACGCGUCUCUUCAGCAACAACAAUACCCUCACAGUGCCAGCAAUAACAGUGGUCUAAGUAAUGGUGUUUAUGCCACUUAUCCGAACGAACAAGGAAGAGAAUAUUAUUCCCAUGUCCAGCAGCAGCAACCACAACCUGUUCACAAUCAACCUCUCUCUUCGCUUGAACAAAACAAUCGUCAAUCAUUUUUAAAUAAUGAUGUUUCUGCUGACGCUGAUGAAGCCAGUAAAACUUUAAUUCUUUUAUCACAACGUCCUCCUCAUUAUGGUUUGUCAAGAGAUCAUUACUCUUCUAAGGAUAAUGGUCAACAGAUAUCUGAUGUUGAAUUGGCCGCUUCUACUAUUUCUUCUUUAUCACAUUCUCCUGAUGAUACAAAAUCAAUUCAUCCUCAAAUAAAUCAAAAAGCUAAACCAAAGAACUCCAUGGCUAUCUCUUCAUUAAUAUCAGGUGAUGAGUCGACUUCUUCGGAUCCUGCUCAAUCCAUGCAAGUCGGUCCUACAUCAACAUACACUCCUUUUAAUGCAACUAAUAAUGGUAAUUCAAGGAAAUCAACAAAACGUCCUUUGAAUGUUUCACCGCAUUUACCCAUAAAUACAAAAGUAUAUUCAAAAAAGAGUCCGCAGAAACGUAGGCCAUCUGAUCCGAACGAAUCUUCUCAAAGAACAAAGAUACAUCGUACUCCCGAUCAAAUGCCCUAUCCAUCUAGCGGUCAAAAGUUUUCCGAAUUACGUGAACAUCCAAACGAAGAGCAGAAACCAUCGCUUUACUUGCCUCCUUCACAAGUGGGCCCAACUAAUUCAACGGAUUGGGAUCAUCAAAUGCAACAACAACAGUUUCAUCCACCUAGGUCUUUACCAGCUGAUCAUUCUGUUCGUUUUCAAUCAAAGAAUUGUGGUUCACCACCAAUGUCUGGUGAUAAAUCCAUGAACAUUAAGCCUUUCAUAAUUAAUCCAAAUCCAAAUGAAAGAUCUCUACCAAAAACUUCUCCACCUCCAACUAAUGCUCCAAAUGGUUAUGUUCAUAGUGUUGGUGUAGGUGGUAUGGUUGGAAAUCCGGAUAUACCACAAUCAUCACCACAUCAACCUAUUACACCAUCAAUACCUCAACAAAAUGGUCAAAUUCGUCCACCAUCAUCAAUUCCCUCAAAUAAUGCUAAUUUUUGUAGAAUGUAUAAUGAUAUGUCGCUUCAAGACGAUAGGAGUAAAGAUUACAUUCCACCUCCAAACGGUAAUAUGAUGCCUAAUCGCCCUUCAGUAAUACCUGAUAAUUCACCCAUGAAUAAUGAACAUGGAAUAGUAAAUCCACCAAUGCAUCCCGGAUAUCCUCCAUUGCAACCGAAUAAUCCUGGAUAUAUACAUCCUGAGUCUCGUCGUGUUUCGGAUUCUACAAUGCAUUCACAGCAAAGUUCUUUGACUCGUGGCUACCCUCCUCAUGGACCUCCUGUGGCAGAGCCUCAACCACCGCAUACUUCACAUCGACCAAUUGGUUCUCAUCAUAAUUCCCCUAGUUUAUUACCUACUCACAUUCAACCACAGAAUCAUUCUAUUAGGCAUAAUCAGUCUAUGCCAAAUAUUCAUCCUGAUUCUCAACACCGUACCCCACCAUCGCCUUUGUCUCGGUCAGGGAGUGUACCUCGCCAACAACCAACAACUCUGCCUCCAAUUCAAUCUCAAUCUUCAUAUAUAUCUCAACCUCUUCCUGCACAGGGUCCUCCUUCUCAUUUAUAUAAUGGCAAAUCUUCUCCUGUACCACCCCCACUAAUACCGCCGCAGUCACCAGCGAUGAAUCAUUAUCAUAAUUCUCAACAAGGUUUAGUUUCACAACAGAAUGGAUCUCGCUUACCUCCCGUAGGAUCUCAUCAUCAUAACUCGCAACCUCCUGAACUUGUUGGUCCAUCAAAUAAUGAUCAACAUCAAAUUAUAAGCCGUCCUUUAACAAGCUUUUUACGAGAUCAACCUGCUGGAUAUGGUAGUGCACAUCCUCAUAAUAUACAACCAAAUGGUUUAGGUCCCGUUGGUCCUCAAUCACAUGUAGGCCCUCCAUUAAGUAGCGGUCCCAGAAAUGGUCCUAAUGGUUAUUACUGA